AUGGUAAGUGCACUACUGACUGGUGGAAUGGAAGCUCUGAUAAAAGAGACGUACAGAUUUUUCAGACCGUAAGCCGUUAGAUAGAAAUCAAUUCAGGAAAAAAAAAUCGAAAUUCUAAAACAGAUGGAGAAGAGAUGGGGAAAGAAGUGGGCUUUGAUUUGUUUGUUUCUUUUUAAUUGGGCGAGAAACGUUUCCUCCCUUUCGGUGACCGUAAGCGACAUGGAAUGCGUUUAUGAAUACGUGCUUUACGAAGGCGACACAAUUUCGGGCAACUUUGUCGUCGUCGACCACGAUAUUUUCUGGAGUUCUGAUCAUCCUGGCAUUGAUUUCACCGUAACUUCGCCUGGGGGUAAUACAGUUCACAGUUUGAAGGGGACAUCUGGGGACAAGUUUGAAUUCAAGGCCCCGCGAAGUGGAAUGUACAAGUUUUGUUUUCACAAUCCCUACUCAACACCAGAGACCAUUGCUUUCUAUAUUCAUGUCGGCCAUAUUCCCACUGAUCAUGACCUUGCCAAAGAUGAACAUUUGAACCCAAUUAAUGUUAAAAUUGCUGAGCUGAGAGAGGCUUUGGAGUCUGUUACAGCAGAACAAAAGUACUUGAAAGCUCGUGAUACUCGGCAUCGUCACACGAAUGAGAGCACCAGAAAGCGUGUUAUAGGUUACACAGUUGGAGAAUACCUUCUGCUUGUUGCUGCAAGUGUACUUCAAGUUAUCUAUAUUCGGCGUCUCUUCAGUAAAUCAGUUGCAUACAAUCGAGUUUGAACAAUUUCAUCACAAAUAGAAUACUAAGAUGAGUUAACAAAAAAAUGAUUCAUGUAAUGUUACAUUUUGGUAUUUUAUAUGUUAUUCAAGUAUCAUAUUUCAACA